AAAGUUGGUUUGAAGAGGCUAAAUCACAUUUAACUAUAGGUAAUAAAUGCCCAGAAAUUGUCCAAUGUUUUGGUUUAACACAAAACAUAUCAAAUGGAAAUUAUAUGCUUGUAAUGUGUAUUAUGGAUAUAAAUUUAAGAGAAUAUUUACAACAAAAUUAUAAUAAACCUACAUGGAAAGAAAAUAUCAAUAUUACUUUUGAAAUAGUUAGGGCACUUUAUUUUAUUCAUAAGGAAAAUGCAAUUCAUAGAGAUUUACAUUCAGGAAAUAUAUUGUUUUCAAAAUUAAAUAAUUUUUGGAAUAUUAGUGAUCUUGGAUUUUGUGGCCCUGCUGAUAAAUCAUCAAAAUGUAUAUAUGGAAAUCUUCCUUACAUAGCACCAGAAGUUAUUAAUGGAAAAGAAUAUACUUUUAAAUCUGAUAUUUAUAGUAUUGCAAUGCUUAUGUGGGAAAUUUCAUCUGGACAACCACCAUUUAUUAAUCAUGAACAUGAUUGCAAUCUUGUAAUGAAUAUUAUUAAUGGUAUUAGACCAAAAAUUGUGUUAGGAACUCCUGUAGAAUAUAAAAAUUUAAUGGAACAAUGUUGGGAUGCUGAUCCAUCAAGAAGACCUGAUAUCGAGACACUUACAAUAAAAAUACAAGAGAUGAAUUUAUAUUAUCAAAGUAUGACGGAUGAAUCAUUUCAAUCAGAAAUAAAUAGGAAUUUAGAACUAGAUAAAACAAAUAGUAGUACGAACAGUACAUUAUUUACAAGUAAAAUUCAUCAAUUUGAAAAUCUACCAGAACCAAGAAAUGCAACAGAAGGUAAUAUUUUAAACAAACACUAUUUAUAUUAUUUAAAAUAUCUAUUAAUAUUAAUAAAUAUUAUUUCUCUUUUUUAUAUUUAA